AUGUCUUCUUACCCAGCAGAACUCACUCCCUUGUCCUCUCUUAGCGACGAGCUUGCCUCCCAGCUUCAGGCUCGCAUCGAGUCCGUCCUGCAGGACAUCAUCAAGUCGAACGUCUUCACCACUCAGCUCGGUCGCAACUCUGAGACCUUGGCGAAGCUACGCCAGGAGCUCACCGGCGUAGACCUAGACGAUCCCACGGCUUGUGCGAAAGCAUUCGCUGCAGCCGAUAUAUCCCUCACCGACUACGAACAAUACACACCCUAUAUCGCCAAGUUCUCCCCAGACUCCCCAUCUCAGCUGUCCGAUGUCGUAGACCUUCUGGCACCUGGACUACCCAUGUUCUUUGGAAUGUCCAGUUCUACAUCAGGAAAGGCGUCUAAGCUAGUUCCGAAGUACGCGAACCCCGAACCUCCUUUCUACCUCGGGCCCGAGACUACGCCCUUCAUGGGAAAACCCAGUGGCAAGAACGUUACGCCAGUGUACAGUGGCUUUGCGAGGUUCGUCGAGGUGUGCGGUCAGGACGAAACCAAGCAUAUCUCGGUCAACGCGCUAUCCGCUUACUGGGUUCGCUCCCUUCUGGGGUUCACUGACUCUGAGAGGGACUACGAACGACUCUCUGAGCCAGUUCCCGGCCUUGUAGCACCGUGGGGUGCGCAUCUAAUUUCCAACUAUCGCUCCAUCAUGCUCACGCACGCCGCGUUCGCCCUUGCUGAGCCGCACGUCGACACACUGGCGUUAGUCUGGUCCACGGCGACUGUAGAUUUCUUUCGUUGGAUCGACGAAGAAUGGGAGACUCUCAUCGGCGCCAUCGAUAGCGGCAAGCUACCACAGUACCCUCAGACAGAACAUGUGUAUGCCGGCAUCGCUACACAAUUCCACGCCAAUCCAAAGCGAGCUGAGGAGCUGCGCAAAAUUGGCCCCCCUUCGCUCACCGCUGAGGGCUGGGCGCCGAAGGUCUGGCCCAAGCUGGGCCUUCUCGUCGCCAUCUGCACCGGAACGUUCGCACGUGUUUUACCUCAGGUUAGGGCAUAUAUUGGACCGGACGUCCUGAUUCGUGUACCGAUGUAUGCCUCGACGGAGUGCUUCAUGGGCACCGCAUACGACGAUCGGAUCCAUGACGUUAUUAAGAUGGUUUUUGAGGACUACAUCGAGCUGCUUGAGAUCAACGCUGAUGGCUCCGAUGGAGACCUUAAGCAGCCGGCGAGUCUUUUCCUUCGCUUUCAUGGUAAUAUGAUACUGAGAAUCAUGGGUGAUGUUGUCGAGGCCGCUGGCUUCUCUCCCGUUGACGGUACACCUCUGAUCCAUUACAAGGAGCGUAGAAACCAGUCUAUGAGGCUGCCUCACGCGUUGAUAUCCCAAGCGGAUAUUCUCGCAUCGGUGGCAAAUAUUGAAGAGUUUAGACAGACUGAGUUUACGACGUGGCUAGACGACCGUCAGAUGCCACCAACAGUCGGGUUUUUCGUCGAAGCCAAUGCAGGGAGUACUGUGAUCUCCCCUUCGGUACGGGACAGCAUUAUGGCUAGUCUGGUCGAAGCCAACGAGAACUUUGCCGUCGGUGCGAAAAAGGGGUCUUCCGUCAAACCGACUAUUCGCGUCCUGGCGCCUGGCGCAUUCAGCGAGUUCAGGCGCUGGAAAGGGGAGAUAAACCGUACUGGAAGCUCGCAAAUCAAACUUCCUCUCAUUAUGAUCGAUACGAAGGGACAGGAGUUUUUGCUAUCUAGGGUCGUAGAUGAGGUUCAUUAG